AUGACUGCGUUGCUGGGUUAUCGUUUGACUUUUCGUGGAUUGUUGUCGUCCGAGACCAAUUGCGUACCUAGAGUCGGUAAGAAGCUGAGAAAGGAGAUGGACGGACGAAACGAGAGAUCUAAAGAGGCUGCCCCAGCAGCAGCAACAACAACAACAACAACAACUCAUCGCAGCUCUGGUCCGGAUGGACUCAUGGACGGGACUGUGGAGUUUGGUGGUAACGAUGAUGACGUUGCAGGAGCAGAGCGUGAGACCAUGCUUAGGAGAAGGAGGCUUGGUGACGAGGAAAUGGGACAAAGCCCGGGUCAUGGUACGAGUCCAUUGAAGGGGGUCGUUGGCAGCGCAGAGUCAAGGAGCAGUUUGGAAUCUUCUCGGGUUGCUGAGAAUGCUCUACACGCGACAGGCGGUGGAGAAGGAAGUGGUGGUGUUAGGGGAUUCCAGUGGAGCGGCAUCACCGAGUCGGGAUAUAUCUCGUUUUCGACACUUCGAGGGACCACGGCAGAACGCGUGGGAAGGACCUUUUAUGGUCCUGAGCGCAGGUCUCCUCGGCCGGAACACAAUGUCGAGGCUGGAAAGUCCUUGAGUAUAUCUUGA